AUGGGGGAUUUUGACGACCCUCCUUUUGAGCCCUCUUCCAGGAGAGAUGAAAAGGUGGAAGCUUUGGAUCUUUUGGAGGAGUGUUGGUUCUUUAACAACUCGCUCAAUACAACAACAAUGAUGUCAAGGUGCCUUUCUGAUGUUUCUCCUUCCUCAAAUUUUGGCCAAGAGAUGGCGGCGGUGAAGAAAGAUUUUGUUCGCACACCAUCUCUGCCACCUUGUGUGAGGAGGGGAGAAGAAACUGAAGAAAGCAAAAGCAAUCACAGCAUGGAUGAGUUUCAAACGCCAACGCAGUUGCCAACUUGUGUGGGGAGGGAAGAAGGAAUUCAAGAAAAACAGAGCGAUAGCAGAAGGAACAAAUUGAGUGGGCAGUCAACGCAGCACAGUUUGCUUAGAACACCAUCGCUGCCACCACGUUUAGGGAGGGAAGACAUAGUUGAAGACACAGAAAGUGAUCCUCCAAUGAGCAAAUCUACUAGGCAACCAUCACCGAACCUUCUGCGGCAUGAGGGUAUGAGACAAAGCUAUAGUCUUCCAAGAUACAGACCACCAAGGAACCUGGAGGUGGAAGCCAUCAAAACAAACUGCAGGAAGGAAAUGAGGAGGAGACUGGCUAACCAGACAAAGUUGAGGAAGAGCCUAAGCGAUCUUGAAUUAGAAGAAGUGCAAGGAUUCAAGGACUUGGGUUUCACAUUUGAGAAAGAGUUGAGCCCAAAUGUGGUUAAAAUACUUCCUGGUUUGCAAGGGAAGAAGCAGCCUGAGGAUUUGGAGCAAGAUAAGGUGAGGAGGCCUUAUCUUUCUGAGGCAUGGCUUGUACGGCAGAGCUCUGCCCCGCCAAUUCCAAACUGGGCUCACAAGGGGUCUGCAGAAGACAUGAAAGCACAAAUCAAGUUUUGGGCUAGAGCUGUGGCAUCUAAUGUGCGCCAAGAGUGUUGA